AUGGCUACUGAAUUGACUGUUCAAUCCGAAAGAGCUUUCCAAAAGCAACCUCACAUUUUCACCAACCCUAAGGCCAAGGCCAACAGAAAGACCAAGAGAUGGUUUAAGGAUGUUGGUUUGGGAUUCAAGACCCCAAAGAACGCCAUUGAAGGUACCUACAUUGACAAGAAAUGUCCAUUCGUUGGUACUGUCUCUAUCCGUGGUAAGAUCUUGUCUGGUACUGUUGUCUCCACCAAGAUGCACAGAACCGUCAUUGUCAGAAGAGACUACUUGCACUAUGUUCCUAAAUAUAACAGAUACGAAAAGAGACAUAAGAACUUUGCUGCUCACGUCUCCCCAGCCUUCAGAGUCCAAGAAGGUGACAACGUUACUGCCGGUCAAUGUAGACCUUUGUCCAAGACCGUUAGAUUCAACGUUUUGAGAAUUGCUAACUCCGGCUCCAAGUCUAAGCAAUUCAGCAAGUUCUAA